UCCCCACGGGGAGCCGGGGGCAGGAGCUCCAGAGCUCCACACCUCAACCCCCUCAAAGAGUUGACGAGAAUACUUCACCAGUGGGUCUACUAGCAAAAAAAAAACCCAACCAAAACCCCCCUUCCACAAUUUUAUCGCCUCAAAUGCACGGGCGGCCCCGCCCCACCUCGCCCUCACAGCCUGCGCGCCUCGUGCAGCGGCCCCGCCCCGCCGUGCUGCGCCGGUCCCGUUCCCAUCGCGACGGGCCGCCUUGUGUGCCGGCUGGCUACCGCCGCUCCCGUUCCCAUCGCGACAGGCCGCGCUGUGUCCCGGCUGGACGUGCCGCUGCUCCCGGCCACCGCUCUCACUCCAGCCCGUCCGUCCCGAUGUUCCGACCCGGCGCCAUGAACGGGCUGGGGCCGCAGCGGGAGCUGGAGGAGGCCGCCGCCCUGGAGCGCCGGCGGCGGCGGGAGCUGCUGCGGCGGGGCCGCAUCUUCAACCCACGGAUCCGCACCAUAGGGAUUGAUAAAGAUGCAUUGGAUGCGCAGGUCAAGGAGAGAAAAAUUCAAGAAGCAGCUGAAAAAGCACAACAUGAAAGAUUUGCUCAUGACAUGAAGAAAAAUGACAAGCUCAUGUGUCUGCUAGAAGAACGACAGAAAAAUGAAAUUAAAGACAUGAAUAGGGCUCUCAUUGAAUUUCACAAGAAUUUUCAGAAGCCGGAAACAAGACGUGAAUUUGACCUGAAUGAUCCACAAGCCCUAAAGAAAGACAGACCUGCUCGAGUUUCAGAUGAUGAUCCUCGGUGUACUAUAUCUGGCAUGCAGAAGUUUAUGGGUGAAGACUUAAACUAUGAUCAGAGGAUGAAGUUUCAAAAGGAGCAGUUAAGGGAGUGGUCUCUUCAGCAACAGAAAGACUGGAAAAAUGCACUGGCUGACCAAAAAUUGGCAGAUGAUCUUUAUGACAAGUUUAGGAUUGAACUUGACCGAAAGAUUAUGGAAGAACAAAGAAAAGAAGAGGAAAGCAGGCGUGUUGUUUGUACAGCUACUAAAACUUUCAAUAGAAUCCAGGCUGCUGAACUAAAUCAUAAAAAUGAAUUGGAAAAGGCUCAAAAAAUAAAAGAUGACAUGGAUGAAAUUACCUGCCUCCUUCGAGGAGACUUCCUUUCUGAAAACCCUGACCAAGCAAUUGGUCCCUUGGGUAAACAUCAUGUGCUCGUGGAUCGGUGGAAGGGAAUGAAUCAAGAGCAGCUGAUGGAAAUUCGUCAAUUUCAAAAGGAACAAGCUCUGGAGAAACUGAGAGUCAAAGAGCAGGAGCGCCGAAGAGAUGCUGAAUGGGACAGGCAACGUCUACAGGCUGCAAGAGCCCAGUUGCUUUGGGAGCGGCACCAGCAGCGGCAGAAUCAGGUUCAGCGCCGAGAAUUAGAUGUCAUGAACGCAGAACUCUCUCAGGAGCAAAAAGCAAAGAACAUUUAUCUUAAGGAGGAAGAGUAUUCAAAUAUUCCAACAGAUGAGUAUUACGCACAGUUUAAUACAUCCACUCGGUAACGAUCGGGAUAAAUCAACCUGAACUAUACAGAAUUUCAGAUCCAGCUUACCACAGUUUGAUUUCCCCUCUGCUUCUGGCAUGGACCUUUGGAGGAGUUGAUGGCUUCCUUGAAAAGGUUAACUCUGCUACCUGAUACCUGGGGAAGAUUUUUACUUUAAGGUUUGGAUAAUGUUUAAUUUAGGUUACUUUUAUUUUUUUAAUAGUCUUUUUUUGCUUAGCUAGGGAUUUUUCACAUUUUCUGGCCAAUGAACUUAAAAAUAUCACUAUAUUAAAAAUAUCUUCCCAGGUUUUACUUUGCUUUAUAGGUGAGAGAGACAAAUGUAAGAAAGAAAAAACCGGUUCCUCUUACCCUCAUGUCAGUAGGAAGUUUAUCUUCUUCCGAAAAAGUACAAAUUCUUCAGUUUUAUCACUUAAUUAAAAGGUCAAAGAAAAUAAGUCUGCUGUUUACUUUGCUAUUUUACAAGAAGAGAUGACUGAGUUUCUAAGUUAUGAUAAUCUAAUGCAGUCUCUUUCUCUCACUUCUAAAGCUCAGAAAGGCCUAGUAAGAGUCUUGCAGAUGUUAGUGAGCUUUGAAGCAGAAGUGAGCAGGCACAAGUUCAGCUCUUUUCUUUUAAAACCUCAGAAAUCACUGCAAUUAACUUCACAAUAGCUAAUGAAAGACAGCUUUGAACUAAAAUUUAAUACUUCUACUACAGUUGAUUGCAUGGUACAAGAAAGAUGUUUAAAAUGUAUUUUCAACUUAACCAAAUGUGCUGAGACACAAAAUUUUCAGUUAAAAAAUGAAUAAACCAAUGGAACAUCAUAAAUCAAAAAGGAGAGAUCAGACCUUAUAAAAUAGUUUCUUAAUGAUAUUCUGGCUUAGAUUUAACCCUUCACUGCUUUUUUUCAUCUGUUCACUUAAGUAAAAUUAGUAUGUGAAUUGGAAUAAUCAAAACUAAACCUAUUUUAUUACUGAAUUUUAUAUUUGGUUGGGCAGAUGAUAUUCCAUUUGUAGUCAUUAACUUCUAUGAAAAUAAAAAUAUCUGCUGAAAGACUUAAAAUGUGUAUGUGUAAAGUUGUUAUAACUAAAGGUUUUGAAGGUUUUCACUGAGUAAAUUGCUGCUGUUAUUUUUGCAAGUUGCACAAGCAAGUAUUGAACAGAUUGGAAAUAGCCAUUACAGAUACUGAAAUCUGAUUAUAGAAUGGGAAAAAGUGCUAAUUUCCUUUUUUUAUUCUGUUUCAUAUCUCUGUGAGGAUCCUGAUAUUUCUCUUUUCAAGUCAAUUCUUUUUAGAACAUUUUCUCAGAAUCAGUUUUUAGUUCCUCAUUUUAAACCAAAGAUACUGUUUUGUAGCAAAUGCAAUUCAGAGGAUAUUAACCUCAAAACUUGGCAAUGUAGGCAGAUAUGAAUGAAUUUACAAAUGAACAAGGGAAACUAUUCAUAGACAAAUGGGCAUACAGAUUUCAAAAUCAGAAAAAAAAAGUUUCUGAAUGGGGAAAAAAAUCAAUUUCUAAAUUAAUAAACUACAUUUCACUAAUUUCCUGGGGUUUGUCCUGCAAGGGCAAAGUUAAGUUUUAUUUGUAGCUAUUACUGAAAUGUUACUAGUGUUUUCAACUAAACUGGUAUACUAAUGCUAAAAAACAAAUAAAAGCACCUAAUGAAGGAAGCUAGGUCAGUCCUGGUUUUCUUAUUGUAAUUAUUUUUUACAUUUGCUUCACAUAUUCUUCCACAUUUAUUUCCUGUGGAUACUGUGUGUAUUCCUAGUUCUGUAAUAUGAAACACCUGUACUUCAAAUUCUUAAAGUGGAGAAAUAUUCUGUAUGAAUUAGGGAGAAAUUCAUGUUAAGUCUGUUCCAGUGAAUUUUAUGUGUCAUUUCUGUCAUACCUUGUUGCAAUUAUUAAUGAAGUCAAAUGCUUUUCAGAUGACAGCAUGUGGAACCAGGGAAAAUUUGAUAUCUCGUAGACAUUCUACUCAGUUAAAGGCUGAUGAUACAAUGGGACUAUGAGGAAUACUUCAGGUGAUCAUUUAAUCAGGAUAGAUACUGCUUUUUGAAGGCAGAAUUUUAUCUAAAUAUGAUUUUGUAAAAUGUUUGGCUUAGCUUACUGGCUUUAGUUAACUUCAUUAAAUUGAUUAUUAUAACUCUUCUAUUGCCACAGAUAUGUCUAUGUAUGUAUGUAUAUCUGUGUCCAUUCUUGCAUGAACUUUAAAAUUAUUUUAUAGGACUUCAGCAUACUUUCUAUUGGCUUAAAUACUUUUCCAAU